UGGUGUGCAAGCCACUGGAGAGUAGACUUCUUGAUACAGUGCCGCUCUGACAAAACAAACCUGGAAAACUCUCUGGAACGCCAUUUCUUGAGGUUUUCAGGGAGGGAAGAGCCGGAAUAAGAGCUUUGCGUGAAGGUGUUUGUUGCCGACAACAAGGAAAAUAUUGUAGCUGUGAUGGACACAAUGUUUGCGGUGCAGGAUGCGUCCGUCUCCGGUCAGUGGUUUACCGCUAUAAUUCUAAGUCUCUGCUGCUUUCUGCCCUCCUGUUUGCCUGCUGGACAAACUGUGGACUAUGCGUGGAUGGGAAUGGAAAAUGUGGUCAGCAGACAAGGGGACACGGCUCUCCUCAGGUGUUAUCUGUUGGAUGGAUUCUCAAAAGGAGCGUGGUUGAACCGCUCGAGCAUCAUCUUUGCGGGGGAUGAUAAGUGGUCAGUGGACCCUCGAGUGUCCAUUGUAUCGGGCGUUGGCGACAAACACGAAUACAGCCUGCAAAUACAGAAAGUGGAUGUUACUGACGACGGCCAAUACACCUGUUCUGUACAAAGUGAACAUAACCCACGAUCAAAACACAUUCAUUUAACAGUAAAAGUGCCCCCCAAGAUAUAUGACAUUUCUACUGACAUCACUGUAAAUGAAGGCAGUAAUAUCUCACUCAUCUGCAUGGCCAGUGGGAAGCCAGACCCCACGAUCUCUUGGAGGCAUAUAACCCCAUCAGCCAAGAAGUAUGAAAGUGGAGAGUAUUUAAUGAUCAAUGGUAUCACCAGGGAUCAAGCAGGGGACUACGAAUGCAGUGCUCAGAAUGACAUCUCCUUCCCUGACACGAAGACAGUGAAAGUCACAGUCAACUUUCCCCCAACAAUACAUGAAAUGAAGUCUACUGGAGUGGGCCUGGGACGCACUGCACUGCUGAGAUGUGAGGCAGCAGCCGUACCCUCACCCGUGUUUGAGUGGUACAAAGGCGAGAAGAGGCUUACCAGGGGCCAAGGAAUUGAUAUCAAGAUCCUUGGUUCAAGAUCAGUCCUCUCCAUGACUAAUAUGACAGAGGAUCGUUACGGUAACUACACGUGUGUGGCCGUCAACAAGCUAGGAACGGCCAAUGCCAGUGUGCCACUCAUCCCACCCAAUACGGCACCAUAUGGAAGUACGGGAAGUGCAGAAGUCCUGACAUCCUGCCAGUACCUGAUCCUUGCUCUCUCCUCCUUCAUCAGUGUAUACUAGCUGAGGAUGGCCAUACACAAUGACUGUAAAGAACCCUUAAAAGCAUUUAUCAAUCUUCUGACAUUGCUGACGUCUGGAUCCAAUCUGGUACAGUUUGUUAAAAACAGCGUGGGAUAUAAUCAGCAUUAAUUAUGUGGGGAUUGUCAUUUUAUGUGAAAUUUCUCAUUAUGUAAAUACUUGAAAUAUUUUUUUCCCUUUUCUUUUUUUUUGUGUGAUUACCCAUUUUGUGAAACAGUACACCAUGUGCUCUGCAAUGCACAUAAAGGCUCCAAAUGUAUUUUCUUUCUGGGGAGGGAGGGGGGGGGAUGAAUUAAUUUAAAUUUUGAUCUUUGUUACCAUAGAUGGCUUAACAAGCUAUGCCCAUGGCCUGCCAAGUCCCUCAACAUAGCAGUUCCUAAUUUACAUAAGAAUGCUGUAGUCAGUGUUAAAACUCCUAGAGGGGAAAACAAAUUUUCAUUUAGAUCCUACCCAAUAACCUUGAUGAAUGAAAAGUUUUCGAGAGAGGGUACAGAGGUGUGACUACAAUAAUAACAAACAUAGAAUAGUAGUGAAACUGUACGGUCUGCAGGGAUACAACAUGGUAAGGUGGAUAUUUCACAGACCCGGAUGAGCCCUCAUCUAUUUAUUAAGGACCUAAUUGUAUCUACCUUAUCAACUCUCUGUAGCCCUUUUGUAUUUUGAAUGAUCAUCGCAAUUCUUUUGUCAUGAGUUUCCCCACCUGAAUGCUUAGGCAGCGCUCCAAUGAACCUGUAAAAUGGGGGGUGGUACACUAAGAUCAUGAAGACGAAGAUUAAUUCCAAAGUAUAUCAUUCGCUUAGUUCAUCCUGACCUUGUUUUUAAAAAUGUACAGUAUAGUAUCAUCUCAAUGUGAGCAUUAAAACCGGAAUGACAAAUCCUGAGAGGUUACAAAUCAUGAGGCAAUGUUCAAAUAUAUUCACGCCACAAAAGUUAACUACACCAACUACUACAGUAAGAGCUGUAGUUGCUGGGAUACCUCAGCUGUGAAACGCUGGACAGUUGACUCCAUGAAACCAACAGUAAUGGAAUCAUAAGUGGCUUACUGUAUGAAUCCAUAUUUAAGAGUGUUUUUGCUGUCUAGGAUAUGUUUACUUUACUCUUUACUCAUUAUGUUACUCUUCAGAUUUAUGUAUACUUUAGUUGUAUUUGUAGUUGUAGUUGUACAUUUUCCACCAGGCAUAUAUUAUUACAGAACUGUUUUAGCCUUCUGUCAGCUCAGGUGAUACCAAUUUGAAAAUAUAGCUUGCUAAAGGUACAAGCUUUUCAGACACAAAAUAUGCAAUUAUGCUUGACUCUGAAUUUCUCUCAUUGCAGCUCCACUAUGGUCAAUCAAGGUACAAAAGGCCAAUGAGGUAGUGGCAAAAUCAUAGCUCGACAAUUUAAGUGAUUUGAAUCAGCGCUAAAUCCUAUUUGGGAAAAUGCAAGGUUAUUAUCCAAAUGUGUGAUGUUGUCUGAGAUCAGAGCUAAUCGGGGUCAGGGAAAAUAUCCUCAUUAAUCCUGAACUUCUGCUUCUGGGUAUAACUAACACAAACCUGGUUUCAUGGGAGUUUGGCUGCAGGUUUCAAUAAACUCUUAAUAUGAAAGAGGAUAUACUCAAUUUUGGAGACUUGAAGAAAGUAGGAAGGGAUAGUGUGAAGUAAAGCUGUUAGACAGUGUAGACAGGAUAUACCACACAUUUCUUACUUUUCAUUUACAUUUUGUUAUGCUUAGGGUUUUUUUUUAUUUGUUUGUACAUUUGUUUGUUUGUUUUGUUGGCACAGUUUAUAAUGAAGGCACAGCCAUCAAUCUGUGUUCUUUUAAGGUUGGUCAACCUCAGUUUAUGUAAUCUUUAAAACACAGAUUGUACACAAUCAUAGUGCACUGGACUUAAAUGCACUGUAUAUGUAAGAGUUUGUGGUUGUUUUAAUUAUGUGCCUACCAGGCUUAUAUUUUGUUUUAUAUUUGUUCCUUAUGUUUUAUUGAGCCUUUCUUAAUGUGGCAUUGCAUUACCUUUCAUCUAAACCUCAUAGCUUUAUUUCUCUUCCAAGAUGUACAGUAUACCACUGAAAAACCUACAGAUGUUAACAGCCACACAUCUGGUCCAUUAUGAAUAUGAAAUGACUCACUGUUCAUUUUAACUUCAAAUUAAAUUUCGUAUGAUAUAACAAAAUAAGCAACAUUUUAUUUUAGAAUUGUCUAUUUAGAUGGCUGGUUUGAGGAUAAAGACACUUUAAUAUGUGAUGAUGUAGACAACCUUCCUCUUGUUUCUAUAAUUUGAAGCACAUCACCUACAAAAGAAUCAGCACAUUCAGAUUGUUCUUAUUAAUUAAACUAGUGACUGCAUGGCUACCCGUAGUCUGGAAGCACAAGCACUUGCCAUUACUGUUGUCAUAGUUCCUUUCUGUUUUAUGUACAUUUGCUAUAGUGCAACUGAAAGAUGACAAUUAAUUUGCAUUUGACUUGUUAAUAUCAACAUGUACAAUAUCAACAAGUACUGCACCGUAUAUUCAUUUGUCCCAAUGUAAAACUAUGUCAGAGGUGGGGCAGAAAAAAAUAUUAAAACAUGAAUUAUGAAAUAUAUUCUGCUUUAGUUUUUAAGAAACAUUUUAAAAGUGUGGAUCUGAAUUGGUGACGUCACCAUGAUGUGAAAGAAAUGCAGUAUGGUACAGUUUACUAUGUUGUUAGUUGUUUUACAUGCUUUAAGUGUUGUUUAUCCUUGUCAAAAGUUCAUAUUUAAGGAAUGUUGUUGUAAUCUAAUGAUUUCCAAACUUGGGGUGGAUACCAAUAAUGUGAUGUAAUGGAAGUAAGAUAUUAGUGUGUGUAUCUAGAAGAAGUAGAGUUCCUUUUGAUUUUGUCGGUAGAGCCCUUUUUAAGGAAAUCUAACAGUAUUAGCAUAAAUUCAGUAUUAACUUCGUUAGCUCUAACACACUUCUUGUGUGUUAUGAUGAGCAGAAAUCUUGAUCAUACUGAUCUGAGCUGAUCAUGCUUAAUUGAUAAAUUAAUGUGACCAAUUUACUAAACCAA